GAUGCUGCAGCAGCACAGGCUCAGUCAGUAAUGAUGAGGGGGAAACCGACGUGAGAGCGACGUUAUUUCUACUCUGUGCAUGUGGCACUAAACAUUUUGAGGAAGUAAAAGAAACUGAAGAAAAUGGAGGACGUAUGUACGGCUCCGCUUGACGGCUUUUACCUGCAUCGACGACGAAAAGUGGGAUCUAUGCCUUGAAGUCGGUGUUCGUGGAGAUGGAUCGAGAAGCGACAUAUCUGCACUAAAACAACGGAACGCGAUGCUAGCAUGCUAGCUUGUUCUUUGAUGUUUUGUUUCUCCGACACACAACGUUGCUGUUGCACUGUUGGGGUUACAAUUUCAGAUGAGGCGAUCAGAAAAACUUCUGGGUCUGUCUCACUUUCGAUUUUUUUUUUUUAAUUAUCGAUUAAUUAGAUAAACGUAAACUCAAACGGUCAGCCCUUACCUGGUGACACAUCGCCGUCUGUAGCUACAUUAGUUAGCUUACUUUAGAAGUAGCUAUUAGCGUUAACGGUUGUCAAAAAUUUGUGUAGCUAAUUAAGAUAACGUUACCUCAAAAGGCAAUGUACGCCCAGAGUAAGGUUACACAGUUUAAAUGACGGUCACUAACUUAACCAGCUUGAUUUGUUAGAUAAAGCCGCAUUAAACAUUAAUGGUGUCCAGCUAUUUGCAAUUAAUUAUUCUUUCAACUAGUUUGUAGUAACGUAGCGUCGCGUUUACAAUUUAGCAUCUUCAAAUAUGAGGCUAAAAAUGAAACUGGUUUUUACUUGAGUGCUGUAGGGAGUAACAUUCAAAUACACUCUUUACUGGAUAGAAACUUUAUUACGAAUGUCUCACCGGAUGAGACUGAGGAAAAAGACAGUAUGUUACAUUCAAGAUUUUUUUUGUCAGCGAUAAUAUGUCAGUUUCUCCUAACACAGGCUCAUUUUUGACCAAACCGUGUUAAGAUAGGGCAGGAAACCUGGCACAACUUCAAAUGCCCUGUACACUGUAGCUAGUAAUUUUUUCCAGACCAGCCUCAUUAAGUGUAGCUCAUAACUGCCAGAUAUGCGUCUCUCCUCGUUUUUGGCCCUGUUCAGGCCUGCUUUGCCCCUUAUCCUCGGGCUGUCUCUGGGAUGCAGUCUGAGUCUUUUGAUGGUGUCCUGGACGCAGGGGGACACCGAUGACUCCUGUAGGGACGAACUGGGCAAUGGGAGACUUUUCCUGGGUAGGGGAGAUAACCAGAGAGUCUCUAGGGAUGGAGAUGAAGACUUCACUCCGCAUAUAGUUCCCUAUCACAAAGACCCAAACAAGCCACACAAGAAGGUCCUCAGAACUCGAUACAUCCACACUGAGCUGGGCAUCAGGGAGCGACUGCUGGUGGGGGUGCUGACCUCUCGGGCCACCCUGAACACUCUGGCCGUGGCGGUGAACCGCACCAUCGCCCACCACUUCCACCGCACCUUUUUCUUCACGGGCCUGCGCAGCCCCAAGGUGCCCCACGGCAUGACUGUGGUAGCCCACGGCGACGAUCGCCCUGUGUGGCUGAUGUACGAGACCGUGCGCCACCUCCACCAGCACUACGGCUCGGACUACGACUGGUUCCUCUUAGCCCAAGACGACACCUACAUGCAGGCAGAUCGUCUGUCUGAGCUGGUGGGCCACCUCAGCGCGGGGCAGGACCUGUACAUGGGCAGGGCGGAGGAGUUCAUCGGCGGGGAGGAGAAGGCACGCUACUGCCACGGGGGUUACGGCUAUUUGCUGUCUCGCAGUCUGCUGGCCCGUCUGCAGCCACAUCUUGACACUUGUCGUAAUGAUAUCCUCAGUGUGAGACCUGAUGAGUGGCUGGGCCGCUGCAUUAUUGAUUACCUGGGUCUCAGCUGUGUGGAAGUGCACCAGGAGAUGACCUAUCGCUACUUUGAACUCGGGAAAAACGCGGAUCCGGAGCGUGAAGACAGCACCCAGUUUAAAAACGCCUUCACAGUCCAUCCUGUAUCAGAGCCUAAUCUCAUGUACCGCCUCCACAAACGCUUCAGCCAGAUCGAGCUGGAAUGGACUUACCUCCAGAUCCAACAGCUCCAGAUGCAGAUCAGCAACCUGAGUGACCUGACACCAGAAGGAAAAGCUGGAGUCACAUGGCCAAUAGGCAUCAACCCCCCCUUCAAACCAAGAACCCGUUUUGAGGUUAUAAACUGGGAGUACUUCACAGAAGAGCAUAUUUACUCGUGUGUUGACAGCUCCCCGAAGUGUGAGAUGAGAGGGGCGGACCGAGCUGACGUAAACGCAGUCCUGGAGAUUGCGGUGGAGCGCCUGAACGAGCGUUACCAGCCCCAGCUGCGCUUCCGUAAACGCCGUCUGCUCAACGGCUACCGGCGCUUUGAUCCCACGCGUGGUAUGGAGUACAUGCUGGACCUCGCACUGGAGGCCUACACCCAGAAAGGCCACAGUCAAGUCAUUGUAAAACGGGUCAACCUGUUGCGACCUCUCAGCGCCGUCGAGAUUAUCCCCAUGCCUUAUGUGACAGAGGCGACACGGGUGCAGGUCAUCCUACCUGUCACUGCCCAGGAUCAGGACUAUGUCAGCAACUUCCUCGACAUGUAUGUGAUGAACACUCUUGACACCCAUGAUAAUGUUUUACUCACUUUCUUGUUCAUAUAUGAUCCAUUUGACGCACAGCGGGUCAGCCAGACUGACGUGUUCGCUGGCAUCAAGGCCAUGAUCGGGGAGGUGGAGAAACGCUACGGAGACGUGAAGAUUCCCUGGAUCAGCGUGAAGACGGAGGUGCCCUCACAGGUCAAGCUGAUGGACAUCAUCUCUAAGAAGCAUCCGGUGGACACGCUGUUUUUCCUGUCCAGCGUGUGGACAGAAGUCAACGCCGACUUCCUGAACCGCUGCCGAAUGAACGCUAUCAGCAACUGGCAAGUCUUCUUCCCCAUCCACUUCCAAGAGUACAGCCCCGCCGUUGUCUACCGCGACCAGCAGCCCUCUGCCGCCUCCUCCUCUUUCUCCUCCGAGUCCCUGCGAGACGGCCACUUUGACCGCCACGUCUUCGACGAGGCCUGCUUUUACAACGCAGACUACAUGACCGCUCGGACCAAGAUGGCUGCUGACAUCUUGGACAACGAGGAGCUGCUGGAGAGCAUGGACGUGUACGACAUAUUUGUCCGCUACUCAGGCUUGCACGUGUUCAGAGCUGUGGAGCCGGCGCUUAUCCAGAAAUAUGUGCGGCGAGCGUGCAACCCGAGGUUCAGCGAGGAUAUCUACCACCGCUGCGUGCUCAGCAACCUGGAGGGUCUUGGGUCCCGCUCGCAUCUAGCCAUGGCUCUCUUUGAGCAAGAGCAAGCCAACAGCACCUAGAGCCAAUCUGGAUCUUUGGCACUCUGAGAGCAUUGAAACCUCACACACACAUACUGCCUGGACUAAAGGAUUCUCAUGCAGAAUAAUGUGAAUUGUUACAUGGUACUUCUGUCAUCAUACACUGACACCCUUGUAUCUGGCAGAAAGAGGUGAGGAUCUGCUUAAAAAAACAGCAACGUCUUGUAUCCUCCAGCUGAAAAUCUGCUCAGUACCUACAACUACUUCUGACUUUUGAGUCUUUAUCUUUGAAUCUGUCACGUCUAGACGAAUUAUGAGUCACAAGUCUUCUUAACCCCCUGAACGUGGACUACAGACAUUCACAGAAUACAAAGGAGCUGUUACUUGUAUUCCUGCUGUUGACGUAUUCUCAUAGGGGCUGAGGAAGAAUAUUUAUACUCCAUUAAAUAUAUGAAUAUCUGUCUCGAAAUAAUAAAAGAACAACAGCCUUUAUUAUUAAUAAUUAAUUGAGAAAAAACUUGAGCCAUAAGUCUUCCUAUGUGGAGAUAUUUAAAAUAAUACUGGAGCAAGCUGAAGCUGUUGGCUGCCUUUUCUUUUAAGAUAUGUCCUUUUUUUAAAGAGGUAUUAAAGAGUGAUAUUUCUGCUGUGA